AUGUACACGGCCGGCCUGGCCCCCUUCUACGCGUCCAACUUCAGCCUCUGGUCGGCGGCGUACUGCGCUCCGGCCGGCCCGGCCGCCGGCGGCUGUUUCCCCUUGGACCCCGCGGGGAUCAAGAAGCCUUCCUUCUGCAUCGCCGACAUCUUGCACGCCGCCGCCGCCGCCGGGGAGGACGGGCUGGCCGGCGGCGGCUCUCCGGCCAACCUGGCGGCCCACCUCGGCGCCGUGCACGCCCACGCGCAGUUCGCCCACGCCGCCGGAUCCCCGCUCAGGCCCACCCCCGUGGUGGCCCCGGACUCUUCGGUCGCGUUCCCCGCCCGGCUCUCGGCCGCUUACUCUCACCCCCAGCACCACCGCUCGCCCACCGGGACGUCUCCGGUCCCGGGCCGGGGGCAAAACCAACAGACUCAUCCCGGCUCGGCUCCCGCCCCGUCCAGCAAAGACUUGAAAUUUGGGAUUGAUCGCAUUUUGUCCGCCGAGUUUGACCCGAAAGUCAAGGAAAGCAACACGCUAAGAGAUCUGACCUCCUUGUUAGCCAGCAGCCGCCAAAGCGGGGUUCACGUCCCCAGCUUGCAGCCUCCCGCCGGCCAGUUCUUCGCAUCUCUAGAACCCCUUAACGAGGCCUCUGGGGUCUUGGGGCCCUUAAACACAACCCCAAGGAGUUCAGUACAGCACCAGUUUCAAGACACUUUUCCAGGGCCUUACGCGGUGCUCACCAAAGACACCCUGCCGCAGACCUACAAACGGAAGCGGUCCUGGUCGCGGGCGGUUUUCUCCAACCUCCAAAGGAAAGGGCUGGAGAAGCGCUUCGAAAUCCAGAAGUACGUCACCAAACCGGAUCGGAAACAGCUGGCGGCCAUGUUGGGCCUCACGGACGCGCAAGUGAAAGUCUGGUUCCAGAACCGGCGCAUGAAGUGGCGGCACUCUAAGGAGGCGCAGGCGCAGAAGGACAAAGAGAAGGAGCCGGCGGAGAAGGCGGCAGGGGGCGCUGUGCCUGCGGGCGAGGGCGAGCCGGCGAGCAGCCCGAGCCGCUCGGAAGGCGAGAGCGAGAGCAGCGAGGCCGAGUCCCUGGAGCUGGAGCCGGGCAGCGACGUCGAACGGACUGAGGCGGGGGCCGUCGCCGAGCAGACCCUGCAGCGGCACGCCGCCGGCAUCAGCCCGCAGUUGCAACUCCCGGCCGGAGGCGAGGCUGCCGUUCGCCCCGAGCCCCUCUCGGCCCCCGCCGGCCUGGAUCAAGGCCGAGAAGCGCCGCGGCGCCCGGAGCCCCCCUUCGGCCUGCGGGAGUCGCCGUGA